UACAGAAGGAAGUUAUAAAGGAAGUGAAUGAAAAGUAUGAAACAUCUAGAUCAAAGCUCACUGGACAGCCUGGGUACAAGUGGAUUUCAAAUGGAGUCAGCAGUUUCACAAGUUCUUAGAACUGCAGUUCCACUAACCAGCUUCACCACCGGCCUUGGUGACACCACAGCAAACACCACUAACCCAGAACAAAACACCACCUGUGAAUUUUCAGGGAUCCGAACUCAUCCUGUUUUCACAUUUGCAUACUCACUAGUGUUUCUUGUCAGUCUGGUUCUGAACUGCAUCACAAUGCGUGUGUAUUUCUGCACUAAUCAGCGUGUCCAGUCCAGCGUCACGGUCUACAUGAAGAACCUGGCCGCAGCUGACUUCUUCCUUUGUCUUAGUUUACCUUUGCGCAUUGCUAACUAUGCCAGCAGUUCAGACAUGAUGCGUAAUAUUUACUGCAGCUUUGGAGCAACAGCCUUCUAUAUAAACAUGUAUGCAAGCAUUCUCUUCAUGGAUUUUAUUGCUGCAAACAGGUACCUGAAGAUUGUCCGGCCACUGGAGACUCAUUCUCUUCAGACGGUUCGUACCGCCCACCACAUUUCUGCAGCUACUUGGCUCUCGCUGGUAGCCACAUCUUCCAUCUACUUGAUCCUCUUCCUCCUGACCUCCUGGGGUAAAAUUCAUAAGCCCGACAAAAUCGGCUGUGAGGCUUUCCACAGUCCUCCGCUCAACGUGGCCUACAAAAUCACUCACAGUGUGUCUAUGGUGCUCUUCAUUUUUGUGCUGGUGUCUCUGAUUGCUCUUUACUGGGGGACUCUGCAAAAAGUCCGAAAAGCUCAGAUGUCCAUACAGACCACAUCCAGCAGCAAGUUCAAGAAGUCUAAACGCAACAUGCUAGUUCUAGUGCUUGUGUUUUGUGUGUGCUUUGUGCCCUAUCAUCUGGUGCGACUGCCUUAUGCGUUUAUCAAACCUCAGACGAAACUCUGCACAGCCCAUGCGUUCUACGUCCUGAAGGAGCUGACUGUCCUACUAUCAGUGCUAAAUGCUUGCUUGGAUCCACUUAUAUACUUCAUCUUCUGCAAGGCCUUCAGAGCCCAGCUGGGCCUCAGGAAGAAAACCGAUUCGACGAGAGACAGCGACGAUAGAGGACAGCAAAGACGAAUGAGCAACAUGUUGACCUACAUUGAGACAAAGAUAUCCACAGUCAGACGUGAAAGUGUCAUUUAACACAGACGAUUGUCAGGAAGGAUGACAGUUUACUUAGGAAACCACAACAAAACAAGUGCAAUGUAGAUGAAGGAUCAUUAGAUUGCACACAAUGUAGCAGCAGUUCAUCUUAAAAUCAUGCACAUCUGAGGUUUGGUCCUUGCACAACAUCUAAUUUUCAGUUUCACUGUGGCUAUGGUAAAGCUUGAAAGCGAUCUGCAUUUAACGUUGAAGAUUAAUCAUGAACUGAUUCCGUCAAGGAUGCAUUCAAUUGAUCAAAAGCGACACUAAAGAUAUUGAUUGUAAUAUUACAAAAACUAUUUCUACUUCAAAUGUUCUUCGUUCGAACUUUCAGUUCAUUCCAACAAUAUGUAUCAGUUUCACCCAAACGGUUUUCAGCACUGAUGAUAAUGUUUCUUAAACAGAAAUCCAUCAUCUAAGAAUGGUUUCUGAAGGAUCAUGUGACACUGAAGCCUGGAGUUAUGAUGCUGGAAAUUCAGCUUUGCAUCACUGGAAUAAA